UAACAGGCCUGUGAAUCAUAACAUAACAUAGACCGAUAAAUUUAACACUGCUCCAUUUAAACUCUAAAGAUAAACAACUGACCAGCAAUCCAGGUGCUUUAUGUGGGCAUGUGUGCCCCCUCCAGUCCUCUUCAGCCAAGAUCAAUAAUCCUAACUGAAGGGAGACAGUGGAUGUAUUCAGUGAGAAGGGGUGCGUGAAUCAAGUCAUUCUAUAGGUAAAGCCUGUUGCUGCUACCACAUUUCACAAGUUCACAGAACGUGCUACAUUAAACGCCACAUUAAUUGUCUGUCAUAAGACUGAUUAUCAAUUACAAGAUUCAGUGAUGUGCUGUGGAUAUACCGAGGGAUUAUGGAUAAGCUGGCUAAUUGGACUCAUGGUAUAAACGCAACAACCCAAGUCACAGGUCAGAACUGUGUAUCAAAUUCAUCAAAUUCUGCGUUCCUCUUAGACAAGUCGCUGGUCACUGCACCUUCAUGGAAUGCGAUACAACAAGACAUAAGAUGGGCGUUUCUAUUACAUGCAUACAGCUUUGCAUGCCUCUUCUUUGUACUAGGAUUUUACACACUCUUCUCUAUUCUAAACUUAAGAUCUCUCAUAUCAACCAGACCAUUUAUGUCCACGAUUAAUAUAUUCUUAUGUUUACUCGGAGCAUCGAGAGCUGCUUCCUUAUUCAUAGAUGCGUACAAUCUUAAAGAAAUUCUGCCCAAAGUCAUUGGCUCAAUUAUAUGGGACAUUGGAUAUCCGUGUAUUACAUCUGCCUUUUGUCUGAUACAAUUGGCUUUCCUGCAACUGACAAAGCUAAAAUUUGGUCCAGAGAAGAUACAGAAGGAAUCCUGUCUCAGCCUCAUUAUAACAGCACAUUUCUUUUUCAUUAUCGCCAGCGACAUUGUUUUAUCCUCCCAUAAUUGCUACAUGGUGAAAUACAUGGUACAAGCAGCGUUUCUCGUCUGGAGCAUUCUUUUGUAUCUCGCUUUCCUACACGCGGCUUACAAAAUUGAUCAUUUGCUCCGAACUAUGCCAAGUAGUAUGUUGACACGGGACAAUUCCAAUGCCCAUCAGAAAGGUAUCAUGCAACUCGCGAUGCUGGCACCGUAUAGCAAUCUGGCGACUUCGGUUGCUGCCGCGCUGGUACCUACUUUACUUGGCCCAGCUAAAAUGAAAGGUCCAGAGGAAAGUGAGCCUGUAAAUGCGAAUAAAAAUGCGGAGGGAGCACCUCCAGAAGGUGAAUCGCGAGCCAUAAUUACCACCAAGGUAUGCAAGAUAGAAGGACCAGUGCAAAAGGAAGUACAGAAUGUUACAAUACCUAUAUGUACCGUACAAUCACCGUCACAGGAACAAAAAUCAUCAGUACCGGAAGUCUACGUUAGACCACCCACUCCUACUCCGUCAACUGCUAAUCUGCCGAUUAUAACUGUGUCCAGUCCGAGUCGUAGAAGUUCCAUGACUAGUCGACGAGGCAGCGACACGUCCACAAAAUCUUCGCGCAGAAAUUCGGAGUGUAGCGUUAGAUUUGUAAAUGAGGAGAAUACAACGGAAUGCAAACGCACGACGGAGGGUAGUCCUAGAUCGUUGCCAAGAAUGCGAGAGGAGUUUGAAAGGAAUCGCUCGCCAGAGAGUCCACGACGAUACUCUGAGAAUAUCUCACCGACAGGCAGCACCAGGGAACUAAGACGAUGCUCCGAUUUUACUCACGAAAAGAAUCGUGGCUCACAAUUUGCAAUUAAGCUGCGGAGGAAUAGCGAUUUUGGUAAUAGAACGCCCAGAAGAAUGUUGCCACCUGACGAACAUCCUAGAUUGCCCAAAGUCCUAGAUGUUAGCCCCGCAGGUUCAAGACGCAAUUCCGAUAUUGGUAUAUCACCCAGACCCGAUUCGCGUAGAAAUUCCGAGAGUUCCUAUCGACGCAACUCCGAGUUUAUUCACAUUAAACCGUUAAUUAUAAAUCGUCGGAGUAGUGAUAUCAGUAUCAGAACUCUAGAUAGAAGUCCCACACACUUUCAGAGUAUAGUACCUAUUAAAACGGAGGUGCAGGAGAAAUCUGAAUCAGAUUCAGAUCAUCCUGAUUGCAGCGAGAAGGCAGCGCUGAUGACCGAAAAGUCCAAGAGCAAAGAAGAAGAACCAAAAGUACGCAAAAAAAAUUUGUCGUGGAAUGAUAAAAAUAUUGAAGACGCGGAAGACAUCACGCCAGAAACUAACUUACUUCCCGAAAAUACGUCUAGUGAAGCAAGAGUUAUGAGUACGGACUUCACCCUUCAUUCGAUACUGAAUCAUAUCGCAUAUGUGAAUCGAGCAAAAUCUGAUACGCCGCUACAUAUACCGGAAGCAGAUACCGCAGUUGCCAGGAAAUCUCAAAUGCAAAAAGUAUUAAACGUUACACGCGCUACUGCAAUUUUAGGGAUUCUUCUAUGCGUCACGGAUGCCUUUCGUAUUUUUGGACCAUACGGACUCUUUGCUGAAACCGUACCAUACGGUACAGAACCAGCACCAACGCAGUUUCCCAUGCCAUGGCCGUGGCUGUUGUACCAAACGAUACCCAGGAUAUUCGAAUUUCUGAUGGGCUGCGCCAUGGCGAAUAUAACUAAGCAGCCAUCAGUAAGUCCACGACAUCAAUAUCUGAGUAAUUAUCCUAGUUAUUCCCCGCGCAUAAAUCGAGGUAAUAACCCUUAUAUAUGAAGCAAUAGUUCACCUAAGCGUAAUCAUAAUUCAAAAAUCAAGAUGCCAAAUGAAAAUUUUUAUUAAUUUUUUUUUUAUCACAGAUCUUAAUAUUAUUCUUUCAAGAUAAAUUAUUUUUUGUAAUGACUCCGUGAUUGUUUUAAAGAUAGAUUUUACAGACAUAUAUAAUAUUACCUCUUGUAUUCGCAACAAUUUAUGUUCGCCGUUUUCCUUAAAGUGUGCUCACUAAAAGCUCACUUUUAACUGAAAAAAGAAUUAUUAUAAAAAAUUGAAGACUUAUUUUCAUACAUAGUUUUAAUAUGAAUUGUGAUGGUUUCUGUCGAAGAGAUACAUGCAAUGCAAAGGCAUUUUUGUAAUCAAUACACGAUAAAAAAAGAAAGACGGAGUCUCUCGAAAAAUUUGCUAUAUACGAAAAUAUAGCAAUAGAUGAGUAUAACAUUCUAAACAUGGAAUAAAUGUUUAAGCAAACAUCUAAUACAAAUGCAAUAGUUACGUAGCAUUUCUAAAAAAAACCACUUUUUAUGCGAAGUGUUCAUUCAAUGCACAUAUUCACACACAAAAACAGAUAUCUAUUUUUUAAAUUAGAUUAGUUUCCUGAUGGAUUAAUUUAAUGACUUUUACUAUGUUCUCUGAAAG